GCAAUACAUUUUGCUCCCUCCCUUUCUUUUCCUCUCUCUCUCUCUCUCUCUCUCUCUGUUUUUUUUUUGCCUUUCUUCUUCCACUCCCUCUCUGUUUCACCUAUUAAAAAUAAUAAUAAUCAAAGCCCGGAAUCACACUUCAUCCAGCUCUCUCUCUUUCGAUCAACCCUCUGUAAACCCUCAUAGCCUCUCUCGGCUCCCCCUCAUUAAAAAAACAAAAAUACACUCAUUAUUUAUUAUUUAUAUAUAAAAUACUGCUUACUUUUUACCUAUUUAUUUAUAUUUUUAAGGAGAGGAAGUUGGUGUUGGUGAGGGUGGAGAUGAGCGGUGGUGGGGUUAGGGUUUCAAUCCCGGGCAACGUGAGGAAGACGAUCCAGAACAUAAAGGAGAUCACAGGCAAUCAUAGUGAUGAGGAGAUUUAUGCAAUGCUCAAGGAGUGCUCUAUGGAUCCCAAUGAAACCGCUCAAAAACUUCUCUAUCAAGAUCCAUUUCACGAAGUCAAAAGGAAGCGUGACAGGAAAAAAGAGAACAUGAACAAUAGAGAGUCUGGAGAUUCUCGAUGGAGGUCUGGCAUGCAGGGGCGGGGGAGCAGGGGUGGCAUGCAGGGGCAGGGGAGCAGGGGUGGUCGGCCAAGCUUUUCUCCGCGUCAUACAUCACAUGAUACUGGUGGUGGAAGGAAUUCUGCUGCUGGAAGGGACAAUGGAACCAACCAUGCUGCAGAGAAGGGCGCUGGCUCUUCUUUGUUAGCCUCCGAAGAGAAACAUAAAGAAACUACUCCAUCAGCAAGCUCCUCUGCAGUUGUGGCCAAUGGUCCAACUGGUGUUGUUUCUGGAAACACUAGUGCAACGCUUGCCUCCAAUUUACCUACAGGAAGCAAUCAACAUGAGGUGACUUCAUCACCUAUUGUUGUUAAUGAGGUGGGAAGGGAAGCAUACCACAUUGAUGUCGAUAAAGCUCCUACUAUUGCAUUUGGAACUGGGGAUGCGUGCAGGGAGUCCUUGCCAAGCUCUAACAACUCCUCCAUGUCUGUGAUUCCAGCAUCUUCUUCUAAAAUUUGCUUCUCGUCCCCGGAUCCUGUACUAAAGCUUUCUAAUGAUUCAUGUCCCCCUGGUACGGUGGGUACAAUUAAACGUGAAGUGGGGAACCAUCAAACUGCAGGUGAAUCAGCUUCCGAGAUUGGUGUCCCUUUCAUGCCAGGGAAGAUGCCAAGCAAAAACCAAGGAGUUGGGAAGAACCAGCUCAGUGAUUCUUCCCAACCUUCUUUUGCAUCAAUCCAGGGUGGUUCUUUCAGUAGCCGGCCUUCCUCUAACUACAGUAGCAGGUCUCAACUGAUAAUAGGCCCUCAGAAAGUCCUGUCUUCAACAGUUGGCUCUAAUAUGGAGUGGAAACCAAAGGCAACAAACCCUAACGUAGCACAGGAGUCUGGAACAGCUGGUUUAUCUGACAUUUCUAAUAUUCCACUUGAAUCCAGUGGCCAUUCACAGGCCUCCUCGGGUGUCCUUGAUUCAGAAGAAGCAACUGCCAAACUGCAGAAGAAGCUGGAGGAGUUGCAUCUUCCACAGCGUCAACAUGUUAUAAUUCCACACCAUAUCCAUGUUCCUGAAUCUGAAAGAAACAAAUUGAGUUUUGGAAGUUUUGAUGCUAGUUUCGGAGUGACGUCAAGUUAUGUUAGCGGGGCUGAGAGUAACAAGAGUUCUACACCCGUGUCUGAAACUUCUCAGGGUAUUGAAGAACCUAUGGAGGAACAAGCUGAAAGCAAUCAAAAUUCACCGGUGACUGCUGAGGAGGGAAUUUAUCCUGAUCAUCCACAGUUGCCUUCACAUGUACCCGGAAAUUUAUCAGCUGAGGGUGAUGCAUCAUCCAACACAGUGCCUGAUUAUGAGUCUAAGCAGGAGGCUGCAUUGUUGUCUGGAGGCCAUCAGUACUCGGUGGUUCAUACUUCUGCUGGCUACAGUUUUGGUCUUGUGCCUCCAAUGUUGGGUAGUCAGAUUAUGCCAUUUGAGAACUCAGAAUCUCAAGCACGUGAUGUUUCUCGCGUACCUAGCUUUGUGGUCCAGCAACCAUUUGACCCUACAAGUUAUUAUGCCCAAUUUUAUCGUUCAAGUGCUGAUGGUGAUGGUCGUGUUUCUCCCUUUCCUGUGCCUGGAGUUGCUUCCAAAUACAAUGGGAAUGUUGCAGUGUUGCCUCCACAUACUUCACAGCCUCCCCAAGAGGGUGGGAAUUCUUUAGUUCUAUCCACUGCAGGUCCCACUCCUCUGGGGACCCAAGCUGCUGGGCUCAUGCAAAGCUCCAUAGCUGUGACUCAGCAACCUGUCCCUGUCUUUCGUCCACCAACUGGGUUGCACGCAUCCCAUUUCCCCCCAAACUACAUCCCAUAUGGCCAUUACAUCUCCCCAAUUUAUGUGGCUCCAGGUAUGUACCAGUUCUUAAGCAAUGGUACAUUCCUACAGCAACCUCAAGCUGGCAGUGUGUAUCCAGCACCACCAUCUGCAGCAGCCACGGGGGUCAAAUAUUCACUUCCGCAAUUCAAACCUGGAAGUAAUACAGGAAAUGCAACUCACAUUGGGAUGCCAAGUGGUUAUGGACCAUAUGGUUCCUCUCCUGCUGGUUUUAAUCCCAAUUCUGCAGUGACAGGAGGAAACUCAACCACAAAUGAUGAUCUUGGUGCAUCUCAGUUCAAGGAAAGUAAUAUCUACAUUACCGGGCAGGAGAGUGAGGGUUCGGCUGUGUGGAUCACUACUCCUGGCCGAGACAUAUCUAGCUUGCCAGCAAGUACCUUUUACAACCUUCCUCCUCAAGGUCAGCAUGUGGCUUUUGCACCAACUCAGGCUUCCCAUGGCACCUAUACCAAUAUCUAUCACCCUGGGCAACCAGUAACCGCAGCAGCUGUUCACCCACUUCUGCAACAGUCUCAGGCCAUGGGUGGAGCUGUUGAUAUGCUAGGACCUGCAGCCAGUGCUUACCAGCAGUCUCAACAUCAACAGAUCAACUGGCCUAGCAACUACUAAAACAUGGAUAAGAUUUUUCUUUUUAUAUACCAGGGAAACAAGUCCAAUCUUGGGAUAUUUUUUGUGAACUCCAACAAGUUUGGAUGGAGGUCAACAGCAAGAUGAUACAACAUUGGCUGGACUUGAGAGUGUAAAUCUAAAAAAUGGGGCUGGAAUUCUGCCAAUAGUAUCGUCUAAUUGCUUGGAUUGAGGGCAUAAAAGGUGCAGUUUGCAUGUAACUGAUAUUGACCUUUUUAAGUUAGUGGAGGUGGGCAUGUGCAGGUUUUUCUUUUUCUGGUUGCGCCGAAUGGUGUUUACCAUUUUCCGUGUCCCCCCCCCCCCCCCCACCGUUUACUUUUAAAAUCUUUGAACUUUUUUUAGGGUAUUGUUGUUGAGUGGUGAGAAUCUUUUCCAAUUCUUUCUGAUGUCGAGGUUUUUUAGGGCUCUGGAAGGUAAGGUAUAGGCUGGUGGAUAAUCGUUCCAAUUCCUUUUUUUUCUUAGUCUUUCCGCUGUCUUAUAUGUAAAGUGAAUUUUGAUAGCAAGAAACUGAUGUACCGAGCUGUUGUAAUUGGUAUAAGAAAAAAGGUGACAUUCCAUUGUUUCAA